AUGCUACAUCAAGGUGCAGCCGAUAGUUCCCAACAGAGUUCUACAGCACCCACAAUAUCCACGCUAUAUAGCGGACUUGUGCCACCGACGACUACAGCGAAUACACCGCAUGUGCCCAGCGCCUGUCAAGUUUGCGGCGAUCAGAGUUCGGGCAAGCAUUAUGGUGUGCUCUGUUGUGAUGGCUGUUCCUGUUUCUUCAAGCGCAGCGUACGGAAAGGCACCAUGUACGCCUGCAUAGCCGCAAAAGGCAAUUGUGUUGUGGAUAAGGCACGCCGCAAUUGGUGUCCAUAUUGUCGUUUACAACGUUGCCUAGCCGUGGGCAUGAAUGUGGCCGCUGUGCAGGAAGAGCGCGGACCACGCACACAAGCGACAGCCAUAGCGAAACAUGGCGGCAUAACACCGUCGCCGACGCAUAGCGGUUACAUCAGCGGCGGCAACAAUCGCACGACUGCUAUCGGUUGCAUAUCUUCGCAUUAUACUGCACUCGUGCAACAACAACAACAACGACGCAGUGGUACAGUAAAUGCGGUUAACGCCAGCGGCAAUGCAAUGAAUUUUCAAAUACUUGCACAAAUUCUAGUCACCUGCCUGCGUCAGGCUAAGUGCAAUGAACAAUUCCGUACACUUGCUGCAGCGCAACAGGAGGCGAUUUUGAGCGCCGUGUGGAAUGAGUGCUUUGUGCUGCGCGCCUCCCAUUGGUCGCUCGACAUAAGCGCCAUGAUUGAUGCCUGCGGUGAUCCGCAAUUGCGGCGCAUUAUUGUGGAGGCAAAGCAGCUGCGGGCCGACGUGAUGGAGUUAAAUUUUCUUGAAACCCUAAUACUAUGCCGGAAAGAGUUGGCCGUUAGCGCAGAGAACGCAGUCCUGCUGGAGAGUUAUGCAAAUGGCGCUUUGGUUUCCCUCGCGCGCUACACCAUGCAGCAAUCAAAUUGGUUGCGUUUCGGCACAUUGUUACUGGGUUUGAGGCAAUUGACUCAGCGCUGUUAUGAAAGUUUGCUUUCGUCGCUUUUUCGGUCUGUUGUGAAAGAUAUUGUGAAGAAUUUGUGA